AUGCCCAGCGUUGUCAUCAGCUCUUCGAUCCGUUUCCUGCGCCUCUUGCAGCUUCAAUCCGGCUUCAAUCUUCCAUCCCACCACCGCAGUUUUGCGAAAAAUUUAGCCCGAACUGCACCUAAAAAAGAAAUCGAUCCUGACGUCAAGUGGAGUAGUCCGUUGCCCAAGCAGACACCCUCGGAUGCUCCGAAUGACGCUAAGGAGGCCGCUGAUGCCAAGGUUUUCACUUACCUGGUGGUGGCUCCUGACCUUGGCAAUUCGAAAAGGGCCAUUCUUAGAGCGGAACAUUUUAAAAUGGCACAGGAAGGCUUGAAGACUUGUCGGAUCGUGAACGCCGGCGCUAUGCUAGAAUCGGAUGCCUCGGAAUCAAACAACUUUGAUCCCAAAAUGAUCGAUGAUGAAGACUGUGGCUCAAACCUGACAAAAAUAAAUGUGUGA